AUGCUUGAAGAAAAAAUGCAUGAAGAUGAACAAACAAAUAAACAACAAAAUGGAGAAAAAAAAGACAAAGAUAAAGAUAAAGAUAAAGAUAAAGAAAAAAAACAUAAAAAACAUAAACAUCACAAACAUCAUAAAUCACAUAAAAAUGAUAAAAAACAUGAACGAAAACGAAGUCGUUCACCAAUUAAUGAUCAUCGUCGUCGUCGUUCACCAACACCACCAACAUUAUCUAGUGGUAAACGACGUGAUGUUAAUUCUGAAUUACAUCAAUUAGCUCAAACAUUAAGUCGACAAGGAAGUUCAAAAGAUCAUUCAACAACAAAAACAAAUCGUCGUGAAAAAUCACCAGAAUUAACACCAGAAGAACGAGAUCUUCGGACAGUAUUUUGUAUGCAAUUAGCAGCAAUGAUUCGACCACGUGAUCUUGAAGAAUUUUUUUCACGGGUUGGUAAAGUUCGUGAUGUACGUUUAAUAACAGAUCCUCGAACACGUCGAUCAAAAGGUGUUGCUUAUGUUGAAUUUCGUGAUUUAACUUGUGUUCAAGCAGCUCUUGCUUUAUCUGGUGAAAAAGUUCUUGGUAUACCAAUUAUUGUUAAACCAUCAAAUGCUGAAAAAAAUCGUUUAGCAGCACAAGCAGCUGCAGCUGCUGCUGCACAAAAUUCAGUUAUGACAAAUGGUAUAACAGCACUUUCUGGAACAGUUAUACCAACACAUGGACCAAUGAAAUUAUAUGUUGGAUCAUUACAUUUUAAUAUAACUGAAGAUAUGUUACGUGGUAUAUUUGAACCAUUUGGACGUAUUGAUAAUAUUACACUAAUGAAAGAUCCUGAUUCGACUCGAUCGAGAGGAUAUGGUUUUAUUCAAUUUGCUCAUGCUGAAGAUGCUAAACGAGCUAUGGAAAAUUUAAAUGGUUUUGAAUUAGCUGGACGACCAAUGAAAGUUGGUCAUGUUACUGAACGACCCGGUGAUAUGACUGGUACAGUCGGUACAACAUUUCCAACAUAUACCGGUGGCGUUUCAUCAUCAUUUACAUCUGCAUCCAAUCUUGAUUCAGAUGAUCUUGAUCAUCGUGGUAUUAAUUUAGGUGCAACUGGACGUUUAGCUUUAAUGGCUAAAUUAAGUGAAGGUAGUGGUUUACAAAUGCCAAAACAUGCUAUUGAUGCAUUACAAGCUGCACAUAUGCAAGCAGCUGGUUCUCAACAUGUUCGUAUACCUGAACCACCUAAUCCACAACAAUUAGCAACAGUAACAGCUGUUAGUACACAAUGUUUUAUGCUUUCAAAUAUGUUUGAUCCAACUACAGAAGCUAAUCAUAAUCCUGAUUGGGCUAAAGAAAUUCGUGAUGAAGUUAUUGAAGAAUGUAAUAAACAUGGUGGUGUUGUGCAUAUUUAUGUUGAUGAAAAAAGUUCCGAUGGAAAUGUUUAUGUUAAAUGUUCGACUAUUGCUAGUGCGAUCAAUGCAGUCAAUUCACUUCAUGGUCGAUUCUUUUCUGGUCGUACUGUCGUCGGAAAUUAUAUACCAACUCAAUCAUAUCAUAAACUCUUUCCUGCAGCAAGCACAGCGAUAACACCACUUGUUCUUUCAUAUCAAUAG